AUCAAUGAUCUGUUGAUCAGUGUACCACCAUUAGUGCCACCUUUCAGAGCCCAUAAUUGCCACCUGUCAAUGCCACAUAUCAGUGCCCAUCAGAGCUGCCUUUCAAUGCUGCCUAUCAGUGCCAGUCAGUGCCGCCUAUCAGUGCCAGUCAGUGCCACCUAUCAGUGCCAGUCAGUGCCACCUAUCAGUGCUGCCAAUCAGUGCCAUUCCAAUCAGUGCCGCCUAUCAGUGCCAGUCAAUGCCGUCUAUCAGUGCCACCUAUCAGUGCCCAUCAGUGCUGCCUAUCAGUGUCAUAUAUGAGUGCUGCCUUUCAGUGCCCAUCAGUGAUGCCUGUCAAUGCUCAUCAGUGCCUCCUAUCA